GAACGAUGUCUCUUUUCCACAGAAGCUCGCUACGAUAAGAUUGAUAAUUUUCAUUCAUAAAUAAAAAAAAAAUAUUUGAGAAUUUUUAAAGAUAAAUAACCAAAAAAAAAUUCCUGUCUUUAUGUGAAAUUUCGAAACUGCAGUGAAACAACAACGAAGUCGUCACAAUCCACAGAAAAAGCGCAAAAAAAGUGAAGAAAAUUUGAAAGAAAAUUCUUUGUAGCAGAAAAAAAGCACACAAACAGCACGAAAAAAUGCCUCAAUCCACGAUGAACGGCCACUCGGAAAAAGUAAUGAAUGGACAUGGAAAUGCUUCGGCAGGCAGGAGUCUCAUGACGGGCUACGAGAUGUGCGACGGAAACUUCUUAUUCACAUCGGAAUCGGUUGGCGAAGGUCAUCCUGAUAAAAUGUGUGACCAAAUCAGUGACGCCAUCCUCGAUGCCCAUUUGAAGCAAGAUCCUGAUGCGAAAGUUGCAUGCGAGACAAUCUCCAAAACCGGCAUGAUCUUACUUUGCGGCGAAAUCACGUCAAAAGCAGCUGUCGACUAUCAAAAAAUUGUCAGAGAAACUGUCAAGCACAUUGGCUACGAUGACUCAUCCAAAGGUUUCGACUAUCACACGCUCAAUCUCUUGAUUGCGAUCGAACAACAAUCGCCAAAUAUCGCGCAAGGUGUUCACGUUGACCGACACGAAAAUGAUCUUGGAGCAGGAGAUCAGGGUCUCAUGUUCGGUUAUGCCACAGACGAAACGGAGGAAUGCAUGCCCUUGACAAUUGUUUUGGCACACAAGCUGAACCAAAAAAUUGCUGAACUCCGUCGUUCCGGCGAAUUUUGGUGGGCACGCCCCGAUUCUAAGACGCAAGUUACUGCCGAGUACAGUUUGGACAAUGGAGCUUGUGUUCCGCAACGCGUACAUACUGUCGUCGUUUCCGUUCAACACUCGGAGAAGAUCACGUUGGAUGAUUUGCGUGUCGAGAUCAUGGAAAAGGUCAUCAAGAAAGUAAUUCCCGCGGAAUAUUUGGACGAAAGAACUGUAUAUCAUAUCAAUCCAUGCGGAUUGUUCAUUAUUGGAGGACCUCAAGGAGAUGCUGGAUUGACAGGACGUAAAAUCAUCGUCGACACAUACGGCGGAUGGGGAGCUCAUGGCGGAGGCGCUUUCUCCGGCAAAGAUUUCACGAAAGUUGAUCGUUCAGCUGCUUAUGCAGCACGUUGGGUUGCCAAGUCUCUCGUUAAAGCAGGACUUUGCCGACGUUGUCUCGUACAAGUUGCAUACGCCAUUGGUCUUGCAGAGCCUCUUUCGAUCACUGUAUUCGAUUAUGGCACUUCGAAGCUCAGUGAGCGCGAAUUGUUGGAUGUCGUUCGCAAGAAUUUCGACUUGAGACCCGGAAAGAUCGUCAAGGACUUGAACUUAAAAACAGCUUUCUAUCAACGUACGAGCGCCUAUGGUCAUUUCGGACGUGCCGGAUUCCCAUGGGAGGAACCCAAAGAGCUCGUUUUGGACUAAAAACGAUAAAAAUUUGCACUUUGCAACAGUAGCUUUAGCCCUAAAAGUAACAUUUAGCCCCUUAAUUUUAAAAAAUACUUCUAAAUAUUUCUUCUUUAGUAGAGUACGUUAAGUUACUUUCUUCUCUUCUUUAAUUAAUUUUUACUUUUUUGUGUUUGUCCCUUAUAAAAAAAAUUGUUAAAAAUUUUCCAAAUUAAAAUUUUGAAAUUUUCUUCACUUUUUUCCCGUGACAACCGAAACAGAACGAAAAUCGUGGACAAAAACGACAAAAAAAAACAUUUUUUUCAUACAAAAAAAAACUCGCAACUCGUUCAUGAAUUUAGCUCUGCCAAUAUAAUUUACAAUUUUUUUUUUGUGUAACAUUAAGGAAAUCAACACUUUCUUAGCGCUUUUCUGUCGUUACGAAACUAAAUUAAAAACGGUAAAUUGACAGAUCACAGUUGGAAGGAGCCGCUUGUCGUCGAAUUUCGAAAUCUCAUUUGGGAUUUCUUUAAUUACCUUUGAGCUCUCCUGCUGCAAAUUGUUGUACGAUAAUGAAAAGGACACAAAAAUAUUUUAUUUCAUUGAUUUCUGAGUAUGAUGACAAGAAAUCACUCCAAACGUGAUGCAAAACGUAAAAUUGGCCUUUAAUUUUUUUAUAGAGAAAAAAAUUCGUGGAAAAAUCAAUAUAAAUGGAAAUCAAUGAAAUUUUUUUUCAUAUUGUACACCUUUUGUGUUGUGUUUACGCAAAGGAUAUCAAAAAAAAUGUGGAAAAGAGCCAACGCGAAAACACACCGAUCUGUUGAUUAAUCAACUUUGAUUUAGUAAAAAAAAUUUUAAGAAAAAAAAUUGAAAAAAAUACAAAAAAAAUGUGAAAAUGAUGCUCGAAAAAAAUUGAAAUAAAAAAAAAUAAAAACGGAAAAAAUUUAAGUGAAUAAGCAAUGACCACAGAGAAGCGAUAAGAGACUGAAUUAAAUAUUUAAGAGUUUUAUUUUUUUUUUCUUUUUUAAUUAUUAAAUAAUAAUAAUUAAGAUUUGUUAGAAAUAUAAAGAAAUAAACACAAAAAUUAUGCAUAAAAA